AUGGUUCGAGUUUGCCUGGUCGACUCACCUGUUUCUUCCGAGUCAGACGAUAUGGUCGAGAUGAUCGAAGUUCCUGACCGCAUGUUUGCCGAUGGUGAAGAACCAGUUGGCGUACGAGUUCUUGCUUAUCAUCGUUCAAGUGGAAUCCGGUCAAUCCUAAGAGUUUUGUCCGACAAGGAAAUCCAUUUCAUCAAAAAUUCUACCUUUGGGAAAUUUAUCGAUCUCGCGGAUAAACCUGCACUCUCCGGGAGGAUGUUACGAAAGAAAACAGUCGUCGACAAAGAGAUUAGGAUUAAGUAUGCUCUUCUUGCUCUGGUUUCUUCUGUUUUGAUGCCUACAAAUUUGAAGUCUAAGAUUCCAAAAGAGUAUGUAGAGAUGAUAAAAGAUUUGAACCAAUUCUUAUCGUUUCCUUGGGGACGACUUGCGUUUGAUAUGCUAAUGACUAGCAUCAAAGAAAGAGAUGAGGUAACGCUUUGUCAGAACACCUUUGCCCUUAAAGGUUUUGUACACGCUAUGCAAUUAGUAAUGGUGGAGGCGGUGCCGGCUCUAACCGAGGUUGUGCAAGAAGCUGGUUCUUCUUCUUCCGAGUCAGACUCAGAUAGGGAAGACGGUGAUCUUCAUGAAAAGCGUAAUAAGCGACUGAAACUGAGUCCAGGACAUGCUAGAGAUGUUGAUCAUAAAUGCGAGGUACCUGUGAAAUGUAUCAUCGGAGAUGAUUCUAUCCAUCCUGUGGAUAAUGAAUAUGAGGAUUACUCCGACGAGAAAACCGACCAAAAGAUUGAAAAUAGAAAGGGUAAGAAGAAAGAUAAAAAGACUGGUAAGAAAUCAGCGUCUCCUGAAACUAUCUCGGACUCGAAGGUUGCUACGCUUCUGUAUGACAAAAUGAAACCUGAAAUUUCACGAUUUCAUGAAACAACAAAGAAUCUAGAUGCAACUGUCAAGGCUGCUACUGAGGAAUUCGCCUCCAUGGAGUCUCUAGUUGGAACGCUUGUAGAGAGUAAGAUCAAAUCGAUGAUAGAGUCAGUCAUGGUUCCAAUGAUAGAACAGGAACUGUUUCAGAUGAAAGGAGAUAUCAUCCAAAGUAUUGAAACCAUGAUUACGAAUCAACAUCAGGAUCCCAUUAUCAAUUCAAAGUCACAACCAUCAUCGGUGCAGGACCAUUACAACUCUGAUCCGACGUCUAACGAUACCGAAAAUGUUCAACCAACUGAGAACACAUAUGUUGAGGAUGAACCAUCACAUAUUCCAGAGGGUGAUAUAAAUGAUUCUCCAACCAGAGGUUUGUCCCCACAUAUAUCUGGAUUAACUCCAUCUCCCAAUGUCACAUCUUUGGAAAAUCAAAUGGAACAUCCUCCACCAUCAAAAACAGUAAAGUUUCUUGCCCCAGUUAAUGAUAAUAGCCGUUUCAUAAAGGUUAUGGUAGCUCCCCAAUGUCUCCGAACCGAAAGGUUAGAGAUGUCACUGAGAGAUCCGUUCUCAUUUAUUGAGAAUCCAUCAUUCGCGCUUGGUUUGUCUCAGGAAGAAAAACAGGAUCACACUGACGGUAGAUCCUCCCAAGAGCCAGAAAGUGUCGAAGAAGACAGUCAUGAUAAGCUCCCACAACGUAGAAAGAGUUUGCGGCUACGAAAUUUUCUGAAUUCAACUUUGCCUCAGUCGACUUCGGUCGAACAGAUUUCUGAGAUGGAAUUGUUCCCUGUUAUUGAGAUUCCGUCGUUCUCCCUUAGUUUGUCCCAUGAAGAUAAUAAUGAUGACCUGGUGAACGGGUUGGCUGCUGAACAAGUCGCAGUAGAAAAGGAUAAUCCUUUUGAUUUACAAGAAUGCAGGAGAGGCAAAAGACAAAAAACAGUUACCCAUGGCCUCGUUGAUGUUUUCCAGUAUAGUCCAGAUAUAUUAAAUAGAGCAAGGGAAUCCCAAUUGGCUGUGUAUGGCAAAGCUGAUUCUUGGGAAUAUACUCAAAAGUAUACCAAACUGGCCCAGAAGCUGAAAUCACAUUUUGUUAUUCAUCUUGGAGGGUGUCAAGUUUCAAACAAAGACAUUAUUGACAUUGUCGAAAGGGCCAAGCCAUACUCUUCAAAGGUGAUGGAUGUACUCAUGAAGCAUCUUAGCUUGUCAUAUGCUAAUCAGUCUCUUAGUGAAGAGAGCAAGAAGUCGGUAUUUUUGGAUUCCAAUUUCGUUGCCUCUUUGUCUAGGAACUACUCCAAAUUGUCCAAAAUACAGGCUAAGGAAACACAUGUGUUCACAAAGGGUCUGGUAGAAGUGUUUGGAGAGAUGGUGGACCAUUGUUCUGAUCACUAUGUUUUCUAUGUCCCUUUUAAUCUGGAUAAAAAACACAUGGUCGGUUUGUGUGUGGAUGCUUCCUCUUGGAUCAUUACAGUUUUUGAUUGCAACACCUCGCUAAGGAGCGAAGCUUCGAUGAGUUCAGAACUUAAACCAAUUUCAGAGAUAUUUCCUUACCUGAUGAAACAAGCUGGGUGGCGAAUUUCAAACUCUCAACUGGUGCCAAUGGUCGUUGAAACAGCAAAAAUCAUUCCGCAGAACAUCAUAUCAGCAGAUUCUUCGUUGACGUCGGUUUUGCUUAUGCAGACAUAUGCUCUCUCUGGGAUUGAAGCAUGUCGUUGUAUCACACCCCAUAUCUUAGCUUCUGAGGCGCAAAGGGUUGCUGUUCUGCUCUAUGAGUACCACAUGAAACUCUAG